AUGGCGCUGCUCGCCAUCCAGGGCAUGGCCAUGUCCACCGCCGCCGCGGCCCUCCCAUCCCACAACCACGGUGCUGUCUCCUCCUCUGUCUCUACCUCCUCCUACGCACUCGGAGCCUCUGCCGCCUUCCCCCGCGUCCGAGCUGCGUUCGCCGUUGGCGCCGUCACGUCGGCCGCCGUCACUCCAGUUCUUGACGGUAAAUUAAGCAGCGACCUCCUCACUUCCUUUUUGUCCGAGGUAGUUUCUUUCUGGCACAUGUCAAGAGCAAUGGCUACUGUUUUCCUCGAAUAA